CGCUGCGGCCACUGAGCUGCCAGUCUCGCUCCGGACUGCGGUCGGUGCGGCUCCGGAAAAGUGGUGGCGGGCAGUCGCGCGGGCAUGGCCGCCUUGGCGACCUAGUGCCCACCUGCAGCAGGAGGUCUGGCCGCCCGCAGGGCGGAGCGGGAGCCGAGCGGGGGCGUGGGCAGCGGGGGCCGGGGCAGCGGGAGCGGCUGUGGGCCGGAGCCAUGAGCGCCGAGCCCAUCUGCAGCGCGCUGCCCGCCGUGCCCUCCCAGAAGCUCGCCGACCUGCGCUUCCUCAGCCGCGGCGCGUCCGGCACCGUGUCGUCCGCGCGCCACGCCGACUGGCGCGUGCAGGUGGCCGUGAAGCACCUGCACAUCCACACGCCGCUGCUCGACAGUGAAAGAAAUGAUGUCUUAAGAGAAGCUGAAAUUUUACACAAAGCUAGAUUUAGUUACAUUCUUCCAAUUUUGGGAAUUUGCAAUGAGCCUGAAUUUUUGGGAAUAGUUACUGAAUACAUGCCAAAUGGAUCAUUAAAUGAACUCCUACAUAGGAAAACAGAAUAUCCGGAAGUCGCCUGGCCGCUGAGAUUCCGCAUCCUGCAUGAAAUCGCACUGGGCGUGAACUACCUACAUAAUAUGAAUCCUCCUCUACUGCAUCAUGACCUGAAGACGCAGAAUAUCUUACUGGAUAAUGAAUUUCAUGUUAAGAUCGCAGAUUUUGGUUUAUCGAAGUGGCGCAUGAUGUCCCUGUCACAGUCGCGGAAUAGUAAGGCUGCCCCGGAAGGCGGGACCAUCAUCUACAUGCCGCCCGAGAACUACGAGCCGGGGCAGAAGGCGAGGGCCAGCGUCAAGCAUGACAUAUACAGCUAUGCAGUCAUCAUGUGGGAAGUCUUAUCCAGAAAACAGCCUUUUGAGGACGUCACCAACCCUUUGCAAAUUAUGUACAGUGUGUCACAAGGACACCGGCCCGACACCAGCGAAGACAGCCUGCCACCCGGUACCCCCCAUCGAGCGCGGAUGGUCGCACUCAUCGAAGGCGGAUGGGCACAGAACCCGGAUGAACGGCCGUCCUUCCUCAAAUGUUUAAUAGAACUUGAGCCAGUCCUGAGAACAUAUGAAGAGAUAAGUUUUCUUGAAGCUGUUUUGCAACUAAAGAAAACAAAGGUGCAGAGCGCUCUGAGUGCUGUCCACAUAUGUGACAAGAAAUCGGAGGCAUCUCUGAACUUCUCUCUAAAUCACGGUCCACUAGAGGAAUCCUGUGGAUCCUCUCAGUGUCAUAAAAGUAGCGGUUCUCCCAGAGCCGCCAGAUCCCUGUGCGCUGCUCAGCACGAUGGCCUUGUGUCUGGAAAAACCCCGGACCUUUCCACCCUGCUCCCCCGCCCGGCCAAUCACAGCUGGGAUGACGUGUCUGCGGCUCAGACGGCCCUGAUCUGUGACCAUGAGACCGCCCCGCGCUCUUUGGCAGUACACCCCCUCUCCGCCGAGGGGAACUCAGAGCGAUUGCAGCCUGGGGUGGCCCAGCAGUGGAUCCAGAGCAAAAGGGAGGAUGUCGUGAGCCAGAUGACCGAGGCCUGCCUCAACCAGGCGCUGGACGCCCUGCUGUCCCGGGACCUGAUCAUGAAGGAGGACUACGAACUCAUCAGCACCAAACCCACGAGGACCGCCAAAGUCAGGCAGUUACUGGACACCACUGACAUCCAGGGAGAGGAAUUUGCCAGAGUCAUAGUGCAGAAGCUGAAGGACAACAAGCAGAUGGGCCUCCAGCCCUACCCGGAAAUACUGCCCGCUUCUCGGUCGCCAUCGUUACUCUUAUUUCAAAAUAAAAGCUUAUAGGGGACUCUUUUUCAAGAAGAACAGUCAGCUUAUUAAAAGGUAAAACAAUGCAAAGUAUAUAAAGAAAAAUAUUAAUCUUUCAACAUAUGUUUCUACCUCCAUUUCUGACCUCAGCCAACAACCUGGGCAUGGACAGGUGCUGGUCCUUGCCUCCUCCCGGAGCAACCUCCUCGCCCAUCCUCCUUAACUGCUGCGUAAUACCACCAGGGAGCCUUUUUUCUUUUCCCUUUUUUUUAAUGUGUUUUAUAGAUUUUUAGAGAGAGUGGAAGGGAGAGAGAUAGAGAAAUAGCAACAUUGAUGAGAGAGAACCAUCGAUUGGCUGCCUCCUGCACGCCCCCUACUGGGGAUCGAGCCUACAACCCUGGCAUGUGCCCUGACCUCUUGGUUCCUGGGUUGAUGCUCAACCACUGAGCCACACUGACUGGGUGGCUUUUUUCUUUUUUUUAAGAUAUAGUGUGGGUUCUUUUUUGGCUAAUUGGGUUAUGUCACUAAGUGAAAAUGUACAAGGAAUAAUGCCCUUUUCUGAAAAUGUUUAUCAGCAAUGUCAGCAAACAGUGUGAACAGGACAAAUUCGAAAGCACCACACCCACAGUGUGAAAAAAUGAGGAAAAGCAGAAAUGACUGAUGGCGUUGAGGCAACGAAGUAUUUUAUUAAAAUUAUAAGAAUGUGUAUUUCCAUCUCCAUGUUGGAGCUUGACAUUCACCGGUGGUGCCUCGAGAAAAUGGAAAUUAACGUGAGAGACGGAAGCAGUGUGUGAGUUGUCUGUUAUUACGCCGAUCAUUUUUAAAGUGCGAGGAUAAAGAUUCAAUUUGAGAAAUAAAUUGAGAAAAAAAGCGUC